UUGCGUCUGCGCAUACUCCGAAGUUUUAACGAGUGCAUGUUGUUCUUUUUCGUUGUCCUGGAGAUGUGAAUUUUUAAAUUUGAGUCAACAUUUUCAUUCCUAAUUAUAACCCGAGCAGUCUGGAUAUAUAGCACGAUGAAAACCCGGUUCACUACUGUGGAUAUCAGGGCAGUUAUUGCCGAAAUUAAUGCGAACUACAUUGGCAUGAGAGUAAACAACGUGUAUGACAUCGACAAUAAGACGUAUCUCAUCCGUCUACAGAAGCCCGACAGCAAAGCUGUUCUCCUGAUCGAGUCUGGAACUCGUAUUCACUCCACAGACUUCGAAUGGCCCAAGAACAUGAUGCCUUCGGGCUUUGCAAUGAAAUGUCGAAAGCAUCUGAAGACACGCCGGCUAACUGAGAUUAAGCAGCUUGGAAUCGACAGGAUCGUGGACAUCCAGUUUGGUUCGGAUGAGGCUGCCUACCACUUAAUUGUUGAGCUCUAUGACAGGGGCAACAUCAUCCUCGCAGACCAUGAGUACACAAUCCUGAAUCUGCUGAGGUUUCGAACGGCAGAAGCAGAAGAUGUUAAGAUUGCUGUGAGGGAGCGGUACCCAGUGGAGAGCGCCAGACCACCUGAACCUCUCAUUAGCUUGGAGAAACUCACUGAAAUCUUGAGCAGAGCACCAAAUGGGGAGCAAGUGAAGAAAGUCCUGAACCCUCACCUGCCCUAUGGGGCCACUCUGAUCGAGCACAGUUUAAUCGAAGCAGGACUGCCCGGCUCGUUCAAAGUGGACGCUCAGGUUGAUGCUGCUGAAGUUGCACCUAAAAUCUUGGCAGCUCUGCAGAUUGCUGAAACCUACAUGGAACAAACAGAAAAGUUUAGUGGCAAAGGUUACAUCAUUCAAAAGAGUGAGAAGAAACCAAGUUUAACUCCAGGCAAACCCAGUGAGGAACUUCUCACAUAUGAUGAAUUCCAUCCGUUCCUCUUUGCUCAGCAUGCAAAAAGCCCUUAUUUGGAGUUUGAUCGUUUUGACAAGGCAGUGGACGAGUUCUUUUCUAAAAUGGAGAGUCAGAAGAUCGACAUGAAAGCCUUGCAGCAGGAGAAACAGGCGAUGAAGAAGUUGGAAAAUGUUAAAAAGGACCACGAGCAGAGGCUGGACGCCUUGCACCAAGCACAGGAGGUGGACAGGGUGAAAGGAGAACUGGUAGAGAUGAAUUUGCCCAUCGUAGAACGGGCGCUGCAGGUGGUCUGCAGUGCUCUGGCCAACCAGGUGGACUGGACUGAAAUAGGCAUCAUUGUGAAGGAAGCACAAGCUGCUGGUGACCCUGUGGCUUGUGCUAUCAAGGAGCUGAAGCUGCAGACAAACCACAUGACCAUGCUUUUAAAAAAUCCUUACAUUUCUGAGGGGGACCAAGGAGAUGUGGAGAACAAAGAUGUAGUGGAGGAGAAAGGGAAGAAAAGCAAGAAUAAAGACAAAGGACAAAACAAGAAGCAGCAAUGGAACAAGCCCAUGUUGGUGGACGUGGAUCUCAGCCUGUCAGCUUAUGCCAAUGCCAAACGGUACUAUGACCACAAACGCAGUGCAGAGAAGAAGGAACAAAAAACCAUGGAGGCAGCAGACAAGGCUAUGAAAUCUGCUGAGAAAAAAACCCAACAAACACUGAAGGAAGUGCAGACCGUUACCACCAUCCAGAAGGCCAGGAAAGUCUACUGGUUUGAGAAGUUCCUGUGGUUCAUCAGCUCGGAGAAUCAUCUCAUCAUCGCAGGAAGGGACCAGCAGCAGAACGAGAUGAUUGUGAAACGCUAUCUUCGGGCAGGUGAUAUCUAUGUUCAUGCUGACCUCCAUGGAGCAACUAGCUGCGUCAUCAAAAACCCGUCAGGGAAUCCCGUUCCUCCCCGGACUCUGACAGAAGCUGGCACUAUGGCUGUGUGUUACAGCGCUGCAUGGGAUGCCAAAAUCAUCACCAGUGCUUGGUGGGUCCAUCACAACCAGGUGUCUAAAACGGCUCCAAGCGGAGAGUAUCUGACCACUGGAAGCUUCAUGAUCAGAGGGAAGAAAAAUUUUCUGCCUCCCUCCUACCUGAUCAUGGGUUUCGGGUUUGUUUUUAAGGUGGACGAUCAGAGCGUGUUUCGACACCGAGGGGAACGAAAGGUAAAAACUGUAGAAGAAGACAUGGAAGACCUCACAUCCAGAGCUGCUGAGCUGUUAGAGGAAGGCGAGGAGCUGAUAGGGGAUGACAGCAGCAAUGAAGAUCAGGGAGACGAUGGAGAGACAAAGGAGGCAGAAGACAAAAGGAUGGAGGAGAAUGGUGAGAUGGGAAAGGAUGAGAGUGGAGAACCAGAGGAGCAGGCUGCAGACGCAGGAGGGAUGCACAACCCGGAGGAGCACAAGGAGGAAGAGAGCGGUGAGGAAGAAGAUCCAGACUUGGAGGAAUUCAACUUUCCAGAUACAACCAUCUCCCUCUCUCAUUUACAACCAAGCAGGAGCUCUCAGAGCCCCGGCUGUAACAACGAAACAACAGCUCAGGCGGACGUGGAUUCCCAAGGAAGAAAACACAUGAGUGCCAAACAGAGAAGAGAAGAGAAGAAGAAGAAGCAGAAACAGGAGGGCUGUAAUGCAGAGGAGAAGACUGAGAUUUCAUCUGUGGCGUCAGCUGGGGAGAAGGGGCCCAAAAGUGGGGGAGGCCCCUCACAGCAACCUCUGAAGAGAGGUCAGAAGAACAAGAUGAAGAAGAUCAAAGAGAAGUACAAAGACCAGGAUGAAGAGGACAGAGAGCUGAUGAUGCAGCUGCUCGGGUCAGCUGGAUCCUCCAAGGAGGAUAAAGAAAAGGGGAAGAAGGGGAAAAAGGGGAAGGAGGAGCCCGUCAGGAGGCCAGCCUCUCAGAAACAGCAGAGACCUCGAAAUGUUGCAACGGAAGUGAAGAAAGUGGAGGGAGAGGAGACGCAGCCCGGAGAAGAGGGAGGUCCUGCUGAACAGGAGGACAAGGAAGAUGAAGUGGAUCAGGACAAUCCUGGAGCAGAGGAAGCAGAAAACUUGCUAACGUCUCUGAGCGGUCAGCCUCACGCCGACGAUGUGCUGCUGUUUGCGGUGCCGGUGUGCGCUCCGUACACCGCCCUCUCCAACUACAAAUACAAAGUGAAGUUAACACCAGGUUCUCAGAAGAAAGGAAAAGCUGCUCGGACCGCACUGUUCAGUUUCAUAAAAGCCAAAGAGGCCUCGUCCAGAGAAAAAGACCUGUUCCGCAGCGUCAAGGAUGCAGAUCUAUCCAGAAACAUGCCUGGGAAAGUUAAGGUGUCUGCACCAAACUUGUUGGCUGCCAAGAAGAAAUGAAUCAUUCAAGACCUGGCAAAACUUUUUAAAUUAUUCUGUCAACAAAAAACUGCCAUUUAUUAAGAUUUCAGUACAUUUAAUAAGUCUGGGUGGUUUCCCAUCAGUACUGGACCUUUUGUUGAAAUAAGAGCUCUUUAAUUGUAAAGACUG